AUGGUUGAUUUUCCUGGCCAAAAUCCAUCAAACUCCGAUGGUAAUCAUCUUGUUGUUCCACCAGAAACGCCUGAGUAUACCCAAGCCAAAUCACUUUUCCCUUCGUUGAGUCUGAAAGAGUUGCAGAGAUUGAGAGGUGAAGCACAAUCAGAGAUUGAUCGUCGUAUUCAAGAACAAGAACGUCAACGAGAUGAAGAAGAAGCUUCUUGUAUCCGAAGGGAUCGAAGGUUUGAGACUCGCUAUUCUGCAUGGCAACCCAAGUUCUUAGAAUGGCGAGAGAGAAAAGAUGAGGAAUGGGCAGAGAAGCAUGCCAAGACCCCAAAAUAUGGAAGUACAACAGAGAGUGAUUCCGAGGCUUCUGAUGGCUAUGAAUAUGGUAUGGAGGAGGCGAACACCAGUGACCUUGAUUCUGAGGCUGCAGAGGAUAAACGCAAGAUGAAUGCGUUUCAUGAUGGGAAAUUGAGAAGCCGAUUCGCUUACGAACUCGCCAACCCCAAGAUCUUUGCACGUACCAUGAGUGAAGGUGAGCCGAGCAGGGUAAGGGUAAGCAGGUGUAUUGCCAAUCUGGAUUAUGAGGAAAGUGAUGAUGAAGAGGAAGAGGAAGGGGGUGACAGUGAAGAGGAAACUUCUUCCAGUGGAACUUCACCUGCACCAUCUGACAGUGAUGAAAGUGACUGUUAUGAAGAUGAGGGAUGGGAAACUGAUGAAGAUGAUUGGUGGUAA